ACCUGCAAUGUCUGCCUGCUGCUCCUGCUCCUGCUCCUGCUGGCGCUGUUGCUGCCUAUUUUACCUGAAGGCCAGCAGUAAGUAAGCGCUGCAGUAAUUAUUAGCGUCGCAAAUCAUGCGCGAAUUAAGCAGAGAAGGAAGGAAAGAGACAUGUCUCGAGUUGCUAAUCAUGAGGAGGCCGGUGCGUAAUUUGGAGGGGGGAUUAGCGGCACGGUGGAGUUAAUGAAGAGCUAGACAUGGAUCUUGGGUUGGUGCCAAGUUUUAACUGCUUGUUUUUUUUGUAACCCUGGACCAGUGGUGUAGAUGGGCAAUGAUCCAUUUGUAUCAUUCCCUCCGAGACCCCACGAGCGGGCUACUCUACUGCUGCUAUCUCUCAGGUCCCCGAGCAGUGACAAAGAAAGAACGAGACCGAGUGCAGGAGUCGGAGUGUGAGAGAGAGGAGGGAGCAGAGGGAAGGGAAAAGCUGCGGGAAUUAGGGUUUUGGAUUAAACAUACCGUCUCCCAAUCCGCUUUCUUUGUGGUGUACUUUAUUAUAAUUUGCUUCUCGGUCACUCUCACUCCUCUCUUUCUCUAUCUCUAUCUGUUAAGCUUGAUUUCUUGCGUUCCAUAGCGCACAGAGACGACAACAGUCAAUGAGGAGAAGAGCCCCACGAAGACUCCACUGUCCAGCCAAGUAUGAAGCGGCCCCCUGCAUGUGAUUGUACCGAAAACCCUAACUAGAAAAGGCGUAAAAGGAAGGAAGGAGAGAGCAUGGACCAGAGCGAGAAUAGUAGGCAUGGAGGAGGAAGAGGAUCCGGAAGAGUUCCAACAAAUAGCAACAGCAGCAGCGGAACCAACAGCAGUCGAAGCACCUCGGAUCAGCAGCAGCACCACCUGCAGCUGCCGACGCCGCAGCAGAAGCACCGCGCGCCCUUUGGCGACGGCCACCAGCGGCAGCAAGGAAACAGCGGCGGACCGGCAUCGCUGGAGCUGGUCCCCAUCGAGAGCCAGUCGGGCCCCGCCGGCCCCGGAGCUCACUUCAUGGGCUCCAUCAUCCAUCACCGCGGCGGCAGCGGCGGGGUAGACGCAUCCCUUGCUAUCUCCACUGCCGCUAAGCCUGACCCCUCCUCGGCUCCCUCUGGCCCUUCUGCCGCCGCUGCCGCUGAAGGCGGCGCUUCUAAGAAGAUCGUCGUCGCCUCCUCGACCCCGGCAAAGCGCUCCUCCAAGGACCGCCAUACCAAAGUCGACGGACGGGGGCGACGGAUCCGCAUGCCGGCGAUCUGCGCCGCGAGGGUGUUCCAGCUGACGCGGGAGCUAGGGCACAAGACCGACGGCGAGACAAUCGAGUGGCUGCUGCAACAGGCCGAGCCGGCCAUCAUCGCCGCCACGGGCACCGGCACCAUUCCGGCCAACUUCUCUUCGCUAAACAUCUCCCUCCGAAGCAGCGGCUCCUCCCUCUCCGCCCCGGCCUCCAAGUCCGCCCCCCUCUCCUUCCACAGCCUCGCUCUCGCCCACCACCACGCCGAUUACGACCAGCAGGGCGUGGCAGCCGACCCCGCAGGCAUAUCGCACGCCGCGGCAAUGCUCAACUUCCACCAGCUCCACCAGCAGCACCAACUCCUCUCCGAUCAGAUCGGCGACGGGAUGCAAGGGGGAGGCGCCGCCGCCGCCGCCGCCGACACGGCUGACACCUAUUUGAGGAAACGCUUCAGAGAGGAUCUAUUCAAAGACGAGCCACAACACGCUCCGCAACACCAAGAACGGAGCGGAGGGGCAGCGGGCCCCUCCUCUCCGUCGUCAUCCUCCAAGUCCCUGCGGUCCGCCGGCGGACUCCAAUUGCAGCAGCGCUCACAUCAACAGGAAGUGGCCGCCGUCGGUGCUGGCCUGACGACGCGUCCACCGAGCGUCCUCCCCGCAGCGGCAAUGUGGGCGGUUGCCCCAAACACCGGACCGGGCGGUGCAUUCUGGAUGCUCCCCGUCUCCGCCGGCUCCGCCACACCUCCCGUCGCCGCCACGGCAUCCGCUCCCUCGGAGCCGUCCAUAUGGGCGUUCCCGACCAUGAGCGGGCAGUACCGCGCCGGGGUAGGCAGCGGGAGCACCAUCCAAGCGCCGCUCCAAUUCAUGUCGAGGAUAAACUUAUCUGGCUCCUCCGACUUCCAAGCCGGUCGCGCUCUCCCUCUCGGAUCCAUGGUUCUGCAACAGCAUCCCUCCGCGACGGCUCAACAUCUAGGCCUCGGCACCACAGAGACCAAUCUAGGAAUGCUAGCGGCUCUCAAUGCAUACAACAGAGGAGGAGGAGGCGGCGGCGGCGGCCUGAGCAUGAAUUCCGAACACCACCAUCAGGCAAUGGAUCGCCAUCACCCGUCCCAGCAGCAAGGCGCAGACAGCGGCGGAGAAGAUCACCAAACCAGCUCACAGUAAGCUAGGGAAGUAGAAUCAAAUAUAUUUACUUUACAGUGUGUUUUAAUUAAUUGGGUGCACGCAAUUACAAUUCAGAGCUUGGAGUACUCGACAAUGGAGAUCGUUCUUCUUUUUCUUCCA